AUGCUGCCAACUGUCAGUGAAAAGUCUGCCGAGCCAGGAGUGACUGUCAUCACAGACGGUGGGUCCUCUGGACGUGACGGCGCUGAGACCAAGGCCUCGUACAAGAAGUACAUAAUUGUUGCUGUUGCUCUCAUUGUUGUUGUUGCUGUUGCUGUCGGUGGAACGUUGGGAGCAGUUCACAUCUCUAACAAGGCAGCACAAGAUGUGUGGAAGGAGUACCAUCUCCGUUUAACCGACAAACAAGGGAAGAAAGUUGACGAAAAGGUUCAGGUUGAUCUGAAGGACAACAUCACCGUGUACAACGUGAACAACGAGAUGUUCCACGUUGCCAUGGACAACUCGAGGGGUCUGGUAGUAUACAAGAUGGAAAUGAAUGACAAGUUUGCUUGUUACUUGACUCCAAUGAACAAAUCUGAAGAGACUGACAGCAAGGACGUGGCCAACGCUUUGGAACAACCGAACACCGUCGAAAAUACGACAUCAGAUGAAGAUAAUGAACAAAAACAAUUCGUCGCCAACACCUCCCCGAUCAAGGACAAGUCCUUCCUAAGUUCCAGGAUGAAGGAAUUCUGCAGGAAUCUGGAGGCAUACUGGCUUACUCAGAAGGACGGCAACACUGUAGCCAGCACCCAAACCGCGGCAGGAGUCCCUGUAAUAACUACACAAUAUGUGAAUAUCAGCAAGUUUCUUGACUUAUGGGGUAUUCCUGCUGGACGAGUUGAAAGCAGCAGGGUGUCCGAAACAGCACAAGAUUUAUGA